AUGGAAUCAAAAUAUUUUUAAUUAAACUACUCUUGUAAUUUAAAAAAAAAUUAAAAAAAAAAUCUGCUUCUGCGAUUGUGUCAACGGAAUACAAUCACAAGCUAUGACAACCAGUUAAAGGAGACGAAAGGAGGGGCAACAGAAAGUUGUAUCAAAAUUGGAAGCCAGAAGAAGCGAAUGUGAGAGAAAGAGUGAUAGAAUAGAAUAGAAUGAAGAUAGUGAGUUACAACGUGAACGGCCUGAGACAGCGCAUCGCGCAGUUCGGGUCUCUCCGGAAUCUGCUAAAUUCAUUCGACGCCGACAUCAUUUGCUUUCAGGAGACAAAACUGCGGAGGCAGGAACUCACAGCGGAUUUGGUCAUGGCCCACGGAUACGAAUCCUUCUUCUCCUGCACCCGCACCUCUCAGAAGGGCCGAACCGGCUAUUCCGGAGUUAUUACAUUUUGUCGUGUAAAAUCUGCGUUUUCAAGUGAUGAGGUGGCGUUGCCCCUUGGGGCAGAGGAAGGCUUUACUGGUCUUUUGGACUCUCAAACUAGCAAAGACAAUUUGCCAUUCUUGAUGGAAGAUCUUGAGGAAUUUUCAAAAGAUGAGCUUCUAAGUCUUGAUAGUGAGGGGCGAUGCAUUAUCACAGAUCACACUCACUUUGUUCUUUUCAAUGUGUAUGGGCCCCGAGCUGGAAGUGAUGAUACAGAAAGGAUUCAGUUCAAGCAAAAAUUUUACAGGAUAUUACAGAAAAGAUGGGAGUCUUUCCUGCAUCAUGGAAGGAGAAUAUUUGUUGUUGGUGAUCUCAAUAUUGCACCAUUUGCAAUUGAUCGAUGUGAUGCAGGACCUGAUUUUGAAAAUAAUGAAUUUAGAAUAUGGUUCAAAUCAAUGUUAAUUGAAAAUGGAGGCCAAUUUUCUGAUGUCUUCAGAGCAAAACAUCCUGAUAGAAGGGAAGCCUACACCUGUUGGUCGCAAAAUACUGGUGCUGAAGUAUUUAACUUCGGGAGUAGAAUUGACCAUAUUCUGUUUGCUGGUUCAUGCUUACAUGAAUCAGAUGAUCUGAAAUGCCAUAGUUUUAUAAGAUGCCAUGUCAAGGACUGUGACAUUCUGACACAGUACAAACGGUGUAAACCAGAAAGCACACUGAGUGCCCAUCGGUGGAAGGGAGGGCAUAGCAUUAAACUGGAAGGAUCUGAUCAUGCUCCAGUUUUCAUGAUGUUGCAUGAAAUUCCUGAGGUCUCUCUGCACAGUACUCCUUCCUUAUCUGCUAGAUAUGUUCCCAUGGUUCAUGGCAUACAGCAAACUCUAGUGUCAGUAUUGAUGAAAAGACGCGUUUCUGAACAAACAAAAUCAUGCGAGAUGGCAAAGGAAGACAUUGUAAUGGGUAGUACAUGUGAGAGAGAAGAAUCGGUUAACAAAUCUGGUUCAUCUGCAACAUGUCCAAAUGAAUGUCAUUUUCCUCCAAGCCAGGAUUGUAAGGGUAGCAUCUUGAAACCAAAUGGACUUUCCGGUGGUUCUUCUCAGGAGGCUGUUUCUAAAUCAGGAAGUGAAUAUGAAAAAUCAAUAAUCAGGCAAUGUAACAAAUCCAACAAAAGAACUAGAAAUAGUCAAUGGUCCCAGCUCUCGCUUCGGUCAUUUUUCCAGAAAAGGACAAAUCUCGACAAUGGUGUCAAUGACCUAUGUACUGAUUGCUCAAACAAUCAGACAGAACCCUCUCAACCCAGCCCUCAUUUACACGAAACUCCUACAGUAUUUGAUCAUAGUGCCAGUCCUAGGCAAUAUGAGUUGGAUACUGAUGCAUGUGAUCAGAAUUUAGCUGGACCAAAUGGUAGUUCCACAAAGGAAGAAAAGAGUAACAUGGCUGCACUAGAGUGGCAAAGAAUACAACAGUUGAUGCAGAACAGUAUACCUAUUUGCAAAGGCCAUAAGGAGCCUUGUAUUGCUCGGGUGGUGAAAAAACAAGGAUCUAAUUUUGGCCGCAGAUUCUAUGUCUGUGCUCGGGCUGAGGGCCCUGCAUCUAAUCCUGAAGCAAACUGCGGUUACUUUAAAUGGGCUACUUCAAAGUCUGGGGAAAAAUAAUGGGCGAAAAUGACAUUUUAAUAAAAAAAGAAAAGGAUGAAUCAUUUGCUCACCUCAUCCAAGUUUCUCUCGUAAUGACAAUAUGGAGCUGAAUUACCAGUUCUGCAUGAUCAUGAACAUUACUAACUUCUUUGAAGGAGCUACCUCUCAUAACUUUAUACCCCGUUUUGAAAAAUGUCCUUGUAGCUUCCCACUACAAUUGUGAUUAUUUUUGUUUCAGUUUAGGAAAUAGCAGGCAUGUUUCUCCAUAUUAAGGAGAAUAAUUAAAGGGUAGGCUUAAACAAAUUGAAUAAAAAAAAAUUAAUCCUGUUGUGCUGUCAAUGCUCCUUCUCAUAACACCUCGUCCAUUUGGUCUGAAAUGUGAACCAUCAAAUGUGGAUUGUAUAUAUUGUGAGCUUGAGUUCUCUUUUCCCCA